CACAGGGAACUGCAGUGUUAUACAGCAUAUAUUGACUGAUGUGAAGGCAGGAAGCAGAGAAUAUCCCCAGAUUUUAUUCAUCACAGCCAGAUUCAAACUUAGUGAGAGGAUACCAAGGAGCUUAAUGGAGUCUCCAGUGGUGUUCAUCCUGUUCUUGGCCACACUAACUUUUACAGAUCUGGCACACAGCCAGACACUAUAUGCGUCUAAGAACCCCGUCGCAGUGGGAAGCAGUGUUACACUCAGCAGCAAUGUCACAUCAGGCGGAUGGCUAUUCAACGGCCACCUAAUUGUGAUAACACUAAACAAAACAUAUGACAUAUCCAGCACCUGGAAAGACAGAGUAACAUUUAACACAAAUACUUCAUCACUAACCAUAAACCCAGUAACGCUGAAAGACUCUGGAAGCUACGUACUGGAGAACCUAGUGGAUGGAUCUUUUUCUCAAUUAACACUUUUAGUUGAAGAGCCCAUACAGUCAGUGAUGAUCAAAAACAAGACAAUUCCAAUCAACACUAAAAACUUAACUCUCACCUGUGAGGUUGUUGGGCCCUAUGACACGAUCUACUGGAUGAAAGACAACACGAAGCUCAACACGAACACCUCCUCUAAUGGCCCGUCCAUGUCCUACCAGAUUAAAAACAACAUGCUGCUCUUCACCCCAGUGACACUGAACAGUGAAGGGGCAUAUCAGUGUGUUGCUACCAAUAAGGCUGGUUAUCGCGUGAGCCUCCAGUACAAUCUGUUGGUGAACUAUGGCCCACUAAAUGUGACUAUUUCCUCUGCAAGUGUGUCCAUGGCAAUGACCCUGAUAUGCACGGCUGAUUCUCGGCCAGUAUGUGUCUUCUACUGGUUCUUCAACAAUCUGUCAACACCUCUACAGAAGGGACCUAUGAUUGUAUUCCCUAAAACCACACCAAAUAUGGGGACGUACAUAUGCCAGGCACAGAACGCCUUGACUAAUGAAACAAUGUACAAAUAUUUUACUGUCACAGCUCACGCCCCUGCCAUCCACUUCCCAUACCAAGGCAGCCUGAUGAUGAUGGUUCUGUUUGCCUUUUCUGCGCCUGUGUUGUUCAACUGAGUUCUCCACACUGUUAAGUCUUCUGAGAAUGAAAGUCUUCUUUUUCUCUUACAUAGCGUACUCCAUAAUCCUAAUGUUAGAUAUACACAUUAUUUAAUUAGUGCAAUGCUUGCUUUUUAUGUUCAAUAUUAUAUCUGUAAACAGUAAAAAGUAGUUUUGCUAGUUUUAAUGCUGUCAUUGUAAUCACUCCUCUGGAGCUAGUUCAGAGAAUACUCUUGGAUAGUUUCAUAAAGGGAAAGCAUGUGAAUGUGCUCUUUCUCGCAAAUUUAAAAUCACUCUGCCCAUUAAACCAUAUUAAUAAUAUAUUU